AUGGUCAAACGCCUUUCUGCCCGUACAACUUCAUAUUUUGAAUGGAAAAGGAGCCUGUCUCAAUUUAAUAAUUUAAUUGAAGAAGUUUAUAAUUCUCAACAAAAUGGAGGAGGAGAAGACUCUGUAAAACAAAAAUUAGAUGUGAAUAAAAUGCGAACACUUGCUGAUAAAUGGCGAACUUCUCGAUUUCCACAUUGUGCUGAAAUUCAACGAAUCAAUCAAAUUUUGUCGGAUUUUGAUAAAAUAACAACAAGUUUAAAUAGAAUACUUUGUAGAAAGAUUCGUCUUCGAGAUCAGACAAUCUGUCAAAAGGUGGAUACUCGCUGUGAAUAUUCUGAAGUUUUAAAUUUACGUGAUCAAUUGGAAAAAUCAAUUUUUGAUGAUGAUGAAUUGGAAAUUGGAUUAAAGGAACUCUGUGCUAAAGUUGAUAAUUGGAAACAACGAGUUCAAAAAUGUUUAGCAGACGAAUAUUCUGGUUUUCGCUCAAUAGAUGCUCUUUACUCACUUAUUAAUGAGGCUGAAGAUGAAUUUAAUAUACGUUUGGAUGCAGAGGGGUUAGAUGAAUUGAGAUCUGUCCUUGAACGUUACCAAUGGAUAAUUAAAGCUGAAAAAUUGCUGCAACAAAUUAAUCAAUUUGUAAAUAUUAAACAUGAAGAGGACCAUGAACAAAAUGGCAUUACAAAAAAUAUGGAAGAGGAAGACGAAGAAAAGCAUGAGCGUUUGAGUCUUCAAAAUAUUGGGAAAUUGGUAAUUGAGUCGUCUAGAUGGCUACAAAAUUGUCAAAACGUUGCAAAUUUAACAAGACAAUUGGAAGAAAAAUUUGAUUUGGGAACUCGAACUGAAACAUUGGCAACUGAUUUUUUGGAGAAUUCUUCUAGUAAUAAUAAUGUUGGAGGAAUUGAAAAAGCAGAAGAAUUUUGGAAUGAAAAUUUGUCGGUUGUUGAUUGGCUUGAGUCGGAUUCUUUGCAAACUUUUCGAGAUGAAUUGGAGGUUAUUUUUAAAAUUUUAUUGAGAAAAGAAAUUUAUUAA